CAUUCUGCCUCACUACUCCUGUCCCCACCUCCUCUCCCUCUUAACAAGACAGAAGCUGUUGCACCUGGAGCACCCACCCCUCUGCAAAGGGGAGAUUAUCAGAAGCCCACAUAACCAUAAUUAUUUGUGAGCCUCUGAUUAUAGUACAACUUGCCGAAUUAGCUCACCGGAUUAGACGCUCAGGUCAGUCUCAGAGGUGCCUGCCAACGUUGUUCUCCGCCUGCUAUCAGAAGCCAGAGUGAUUGAAGGUUCAGCCCACUGCAGCCCCUGGAUAUUGCAAAGCCUACCGAGUCGGUGUCCCAGGUUGGCCACAGAGCGUGGUGGGACAGGAUGGAUGCUUCUCCCGAGCCCCAAGAGAAGGGUGGGACACUGGUGCUGGUCCGACGGCAGCCUCCUGUGUCCCAGGGUUUGCUGGAAACACUGAAGGCCAGGCUGAAGCAGAGCUGCACUUGCAGUAUACCAUGUGCUCAGGCUCUGGUGCAGAAUCUGUUUCCUGUCCUGCACUGGCUGCGUCAGUACCGCCCUAAAGAGUACCUGGCAGGUGAUGUUAUGUCUGGGUUGGUCAUUGGCAUUAUCCUGGUGCCACAAGCCAUAGCCUACUCACUGCUGGCUGGGUUGCAGCCCAUCUAUAGCCUCUAUACCUCCUUCUUUGCCAACCUUAUCUACUUCCUCAUGGGCACCUCACGCCAUGUUAAUGUGGGCAUCUUUAGCCUAUUGUGCCUCAUGGUGGGUCAGGUGGUAGACCGAGAACUCCAGCUGGCUGGUUUUGACCCCUCCCAGGAUUCUCUGGGGCCUAGAAACAAUGGCAGCACACUCAACAACGUAACCACAACACUGGUGCUCGGGCUACAGGACUGUGGACGGGACUGCUACGCCAUUCGAAUCGCCACUGCCCUCACUCUGGUGACUGGCCUUUAUCAGGUCCUCAUGGGUGUCCUCCGGCUGGGCUUCGUGUCUACCUACCUCUCACAACCACUGCUCGACGGUUUUGCUAUGGGAGCCUCUGUGACCAUCUUGACCUCUCAGGCUAAACACCUGCUGGGUGUGCGGAUCCCUCGGCACCAGGGCCUAGGCAUGGUGAUCCGCACAUGGCUCAGCUUGCUGCAGAGCGUGGGACAGGCCAAUAUCUGUGACAUGGUCACCAGUGCCGUGUGCCUGGGAGUGCUGAUAGCGGCUAAGGAGCUCUCAGACCGCUACCGACACCGUCUGAAAGUGCCGGUACCCACAGAGCUGCUAGUCAUUGUGGUGGCCACACUUGUAUCCCACUUUGGACAGCUCCACUCACGGUUUGGCUCGAGUGUGGCCGGCAACAUUCCCACUGGUUUUGUAGCCCCACAGGUACCAGAUCCUAAGAUAAUGUGGCGUGUGGCCCUGGAUGCUGUGUCCCUAGCCCUUGUGGGCUCAGCCUUCUCCAUCUCAUUGGCAGAGAUGUUUGCUCGUAGUCAUGGCUACACUGUUCACGCCAACCAAGAGCUUCUAGCCGUGGGCUGCUGCAAUGUGCUGCCUGCCUUCUUCCAUUGUUUUGCCACCAGUGCUGCCCUGUCCAAAACCCUGGUGAAGACAGCCAUUGGCUGCCAGACCCAGCUGUCCAGUGUGGUCAGUGCCGCUGUGGUGUUGCUGGUGCUGCUGGUGCUGGCUCCACUGUUUCAUGAUUUGCAGCGGUGUGUGCUGGCUUGUAUCAUUGUUGUCAGCCUGCGUGGGGCACUGCGCAAGGUUAAGGACCUCCCACAGCUUUGGCAGCUAAGCCCUGCUGAUGCACUGGUCUGGGUAGCUACUGCAGCCACCUGUGUGCUCGUCAGCACCGAGGCUGGACUUCUAGCUGGGGUGUUCUUCUCACUGCUCAGCCUGGCGGGCCGCACACAGCGUCCACGGGCUGCCCUUCUUGCUCGAAUUGGAGACUCAACCUUCUAUGAGGAUGCUGCCGAGUUUGAGGGCCUCCUGCCCCCACCUGAGGUGCGAGUGUUCCGUUUCACAGGCCCACUCUACUAUGCCAACAAGGAUUUCUUCUUGCGGUCACUCUACAGUCUCACAGGGCUGGAUGCAGGGCACUCAGCCACCAGGAAGAAAACGGGCCCAGAGGUGGGUGUCAGUGACGGCAAUCUUGCUGAUGGCAAGGAUAUGGGUUCAGUGAGCAGCGGGACCGGGCUAGUGGUACCCCUGGCAUUCGGUUUCCACACAGUGGUCAUUGACUGUGCACCACUGCUGUUCCUGGAUGUGGCUGGCAUGGCCACACUGAAGGACCUGCGCAGAGACUACAGAGCCCUGGACAUCACCCUGCUUCUGGCUUGCUGCAGUCCCUCAGUGAGGGACACGUUGAAGAAAGGGGGCUUCCUUGGGGAAGACCAGGGAGCUGAGGAUGAGCUCCUGUUCCCCAGUGUACACAGUGCCGUGGAGGCUGCACGAGCCCGCCAUGAGGAGCUGGCGGCUGCUGACUCUGCUUUUUAGCAGGACCUACACCCAUGUCCACAAGCCAGUACUGACCUCCUUGGUAGAAGUGCUAUGAAGACUGGAGUCAUUAGAGAGAUAUACCCUUGGACCACCUCUAACCUGGAAAAGUCAGGGAACUCCAACUAAGAAAGGAAAGUGCGCGUCCGUAACACAUUCAAGAAUUCCAAACAUUCAGUAAUUGAGCCACUCUACAUCUGAGACCACUGCUGCCCCCUGGUGGCCGCACCCACACACAUGAUCCCUCGGCCAAAGCAGUGCCCAGUUUAACAACAGUCUGUGUUACCAUCUUAUCUGAAACAGAGUCCUGCAAAUUAUGCGGUCUCUAAGAUGCCAAAAGGACACAUUCCCUCCCCCUGCACCACCAGGUAUCAGAUAUGAGCUGAACACAUGGCCUAAAGGCCUUCUCAUGCCCAGUGAUCAUCUUGAUUGGGCCCUUGCGAAGGCAGUCACCUGCUCCAGAGCAGAUGGUCCAGUGUCACGACCUAAGAUGAUGUGACACCUGACCUUCAGGCAUGAUAUCUCUAUACAGCUUAUACUGGUGACCACAACGUGGCCCAUGUAUGGUACAAAGUCAGGCACAGUAGAGACACCAACCCCAUUCUGUACCUCUAAGAAAUCCUCAGACAGAAACCACCUGUGCUCCAUCCAAGGGCUGCCCUUGGCAUAGCCAAGCAGACCUUCCCCUCCUCUUCUGCCCAACAGGAUGCUCUAACAGGAAGUACAGUCCCAGUCCCCACCGUGCCCUACCCACAGUCCAGCACUGUGCUCCACAGCUGUCCUGGCUCAGCAUCUCUGUAAGACAAGCUCUGACCAGCAGCUCCCAGGGCACCCACCUCAGCGUCACCCACCUGG